UACAAGAACAAACAUAUUGUUCGAAUUUAAGGUCAAAUCAAUUAGGUUCCAAAGUUCAGAUCCACGUGACUUUGGCUAGAGAUUUAACACACAUUUCUUUCAUACUUGUUGUUUGGUCGAAAAUUAGAGUAUGCUUUUCAAGUUUUGUACAUAAAUGUGAAGGUCUUUGACGAUUCAGAUGCAAAAUUUCAACCUUUGACCCUACAAAUUGAACUCUACCUUCUUUCUGGAACAUGAUUGAUUCGGUAGUUUUCGGAUUAUAGAAUUUUUCAUCGAAAAGUUAGUGUUCUAGAUUUGAUUCCUGUACGAAGUUUGAAAACCACACUCUAAUUUUCAACCAAACAUCAAGUAUGGGAGAAGUGUGUCAAAUUCGUAGCCACAUUCGCUUAGAUAAGAACUUUGGAACCUAGUUGAUUUUACCGUAAAUUCAUACAAUAUGUUUGUUCCUAUACCCUAUGCUACAGGCUUAAAGAUGCAAAUUCAAGCAUAGAAAGAAAAUAAUUGGAAGAAUAUUAAUGGAGGACCUUUUAGUAACCUCUCCACUCGAAGGUCCCCAGAGAGAGGUAAAGACCGUGCCCAUAUGAUGAAGCUUUUAUUUUUCUUUCAAAUUGACAAAAUCCACAGAACACAAUCUCACGAGAACCGACAUACCAAACAUACUUUGAUGUUUGCAUCUCCACUGUUUCUACCUGUAACCGCCAUAGCAAAAACCCAAAACCCUUCCAUCCCUGCAUGGUCCAUUACACUCCAACCAUAGUUCUUGUGAAUCACGACGACAUCAAAAUAUUCUUCCGGAAUCCCUUAUUCCAUUGAUAAAACUCCCGUUAUGAAUCUUGUAAUCGAUGUUUCCUUCCUCAACAGGCGGUGGUGGUGACGACAGCCGAGAAACAUGCCGGCGACGUCGAGUUCUACGCCUAGUACCAACAUGGAAGGUACCAAAGAUGAGGAAAAAUCUGACAUUUACAGUACGAACAUGACCGAAGCAAUGGGUGCUGUUUUGACUUAUAGGCAUGAAAUUGGAAUGAACUACGACUUUGUUCGUCCGGACUUAAUUGUUGGAUCAUGUCUACAGACUCCAGCAGAUGUGGACAAGCUUUGGAGCAUUGGAGUGAAAACCAUAUACUGCUUGCAACAAGACUCAGAUCUCGAAUAUUUUAGUGUGGACAUCGGUGCCAUUCGUGAAUAUGCCAGCACAUUCGAUGACAUUCAACACUUACGUGCUGAAAUAAGAGACUUUGAUGGAUCUGAUUUGCGGCUGCGCCUUCCAGCUGUGGUGAGCAAAUUGCACAAAGCUAUUAAUCGGAAUGGUGGAGUAACUUACAUACAUUGCACGGCUGGAAUUGGAAGAGCUCCAGCAACUGCGCUGGCAUACAUGUUCUGGGUUCAGGGUUAUAAACUAAAUGAUGCCCUCAGUCUACUCCUGAGAAAACGUAAAUGUUCCCCGAAUGUGGAUGCUAUAAAAAGUGCAACUGCUGAUAUUCUUACAGGCCUAAAAAAGCGAUCCAUCACAUUUACAUGGAAUGGUGAUAAUUGUUCCAUGGUAGAAAUAUCUGGACUUGAUAUGGGAUGGGAUCAGAAAAUUCCGUUAAAAUAUGAUGAGAAGCAUGGUUCAUGGAUUCUUCAUAGAGAUUUACUGGAGGGGCGUUAUGAAUACAAGUACAUAGUUGAUGGCGAAUGGAUGACCAAUAAAUAUGAACCUGUUACUCCUGUCAACAAGGAUGGUCACAUCAACAACUGUAUCCUGGUAGUCGACAACGAUCCAGAGAGCAUAAGCGCUGCUUUAUGGACAAGAUUGGGUAGUGAUGAUUUUGAUCUAACGACCAACGAACGAGAGAUCAUAAAGCAGUUUCUGGAUAUGUAUCCAGAUGAUGAGUAAACCCGACCACAAACACUGCAUUGCCCACGGUUGCUUAUAUAUGCAUAUGUACAAAAAGGCAUCACAUAUGAUAAGAUGGUUCUAAAGUAAACCUUUCAGUCGAACGAGAAAUGAUAAAGUGGUUUUGGUGUCUAUAUGAUGAAUAAACCUUUCCAAUC